CCCGUGCUGCUCUCUGGAGCUCAGGCCCUGAGGGUUUCUUGGCCUGACCUUUGCUCUCCCUCCUAUUUCCUACAGUGGCCAGGGGAGGGGAAGCCACCCCUCUUAGUCCCAGGGCCUGUCUGCACGGCCAGGGCAAGGCAGUCCACGGCCAGCCUCCCCAGCUCUGGGGGCAAGGGCCAGCCAUUUGGGAUAAACUCAGGAGAGUCCAAGCUGUCCCCAGACUUCUUGUUGAGCUGCUGCCCUGGGGCCUGGCCAGAGGGUGCUGCCAGGCUUACCAGGCCCAGGCGGGGAAGGGGAAGGUGCCCUGAGGCGCUCAAGCACCCCGCACUGCCACCUCCAGGCCCUCACACCUGGGAGGACAGGGGUGCAUGCUGGGAAGGGUGGGCAUGGAGGCUAUCGAGGUGGGUUCCAGGCAGGGUGGCUCUGCCUCUGGUUCUGACUAGGACUUGGGUGAUGCAGGCUGUCUGUGGCAGGAGAGGGCUGCCCUGGGGACAGAGGCCAAGGUGGGCAGGGUGGUGCUGGCUCCCAGGAGUGUGAGGUCCCUUCUGACAAAGGGCCAUUUCCAUGCCAGGGCCUCUCCUCUGGAAACCUACAGCCCAGAAGGGGCUCCCACCAGAAGGGGGGGCAGGACGGGGGGCAAGUCCACAUGCGGUGAGUGACCAAAGCCACAGGCCACUCCUUGAGACACAUGGCUCAAGGGCCCUGAAGUCCUGGGAGGCAGGGACGGGGUGAAAGGAGCCAGAAGUGGGGGCGGGUGGGGGUGGGGAAUGUGGACCAUCUUUUACUGGGUGAAGCCCUGUGCCGGGCAUGUUCUUCACACAUCUCUAGUCCUCCAAAAAUCCUCUGAGGUAGGUACUGAUAUUCCCAUUUUACAAACAGACUGAAGCUACGAGAGAGGAAGUGAUUGUCCAGGGUCACACAUGAUAGAUGGCAGAACCUGGGAUUCAAAAUCAGUUCCACAGGGCUCGAGAAGCCCUUCGCCCCCUCUGCUCUCCCUCACAGUGGGACCAUAGACCAUGGGAGCCAGACUGGAAGACCGAGGCCGAGAAAGGGGAGCACAAGGACGGCGCAGGGUGGUUGUGGACAGCUGCUGCAUUGCCUGGGCACGCGGUUUCAGGAGGUUUCAGGAGCCUCCCCGGGCGGUUGCCCCUGUGCCCGGGGCUCUGAGCUGCCACAGGACUGGCUAGACCAGAGGUGGGGCCGGGGCCACCAGCCCUUUGCCCCAGGGCCAGAGGGAGGGCGGGAAGACCAAGAAAGCAGGAGGAGGUGUCUCAGCUGAUUGGCAGCUUCUCCCCGCCCCCCAAUCUCCAGCCUGCCCCAGGUGACCUUUUCCCCAGAUCCCAGGGUCCAGGCACACCCCUGCCGGGAGGUGCGGAGAACAGCGACAGCUGGGAUUGGUCAGAGCCAGCGGGGGCGUGUCCCAGGCUCGGCCAGCCCGGGUGGCUGAGCAGAGCAGGUGGACUCCCGAGAUAGACCAGGAGCCACCCGGCCUACCGGACUGGGACCUCUGCCCUCCAGGCAUGGCCCCAGGCCCCCUUGGUCCCCAGCCCUGUGGCCGUGCAGGGGUGUGGACAGCCUAAGUGCCACCACCCCAGGGCCUGUGCCCAUGUCCCUGACCCGGGCACAGCCGGCCUCAGGAACAGAGGCCAUGGAGACGGUUGCCCCAGCUGUGGACCUGGUGCUGGGCGCCUCGGCCUGUUGCCUGGCCUGCGUCUUCACCAACCCCCUAGAGGUGGUGAAGACGAGGCUGCAGCUGCAGGGGGAGCUGCAGGCCCGCGGCACCUACCCACGGCCCUACAGGGGCUUUUUGGCCUCCGCGGCAGCUGUGGUCCGUGCAGACGGGCUGUGUGGCCUGCAGAAGGGGCUGGCCGCCGGCCUCCUUUACCAGGGCCUGAUGAAUGGCGUCCGCUUCUACUGCUACAGCCUGGCGGGCCAGGCUGGCCUCACCCAGCAGCCUGGUGGCACCGUGGUUGCGGGCGCCGUGGCUGGGGCACUGGGAGCCUUUGUGGGGAGCCCUGCUUACUUGGUCAAAACGCAGCUGCAGGCCCAGACGGUGGCCGCGAUGGCCGUGGGGCACCAGCACCAUCACCAGAGUGUUCUGGGUGCCUUGGAGACCGUCUGGCGGCAGCAGGGCCUGGCAGGGCUGUGGCGGGGCGUGGGUGGGGCCGUGCCCAGAGUCAUGGUCGGCUCAGCGGCCCAGCUGGCCACCUUUGCCUCUGCCAAGGCCUGGGUGCAGGAGCAGCAGUGGCUCCCGGAAGACAGCUGGCUGGUAGCCUUGGCUGGAGGCAUGAUCAGCAGCGUCGCCGUGGCUGCCGUCAUGACCCCCUUCGACGUGGUCAGCACCCGGCUCUACAAUCAGCCCGUGGACGGAACUGGCAGAGGCCAGCUGUAUGGUGGACUUGCCGACUGCCUGGUGAAGAUCUGGCGGCAGGAGGGCCCCCUGGCACUCUACAAGGGUCUGGGCCCGGCCUACCUGCGCCUGGGCCCCCACACCAUCCUCAGCAUGCUCUUCUGGGAUGAGCUCCGGAAACUGGCCGCGCGGGGCCAGCGCCAGGGCACCUAGGCAGCAUCCGUCAUCCCCGUGUCCUGACACAGCCCGGGACCUGGCGGGAAGCGACGGCCCGCUCUGGCUGGCAAUGGCCGUCUCAGAGCAGGCCACAGGCCCAGACCCUGCCACACGUCCGAGGAGAGUGUGGACAGCUCUGGUCAACCGAGACCCCUGGCCCACUCAGGGCCUGAGCCUCUGCCCUGGAUCACCAGGCACUCUGUUCUCCCGCAAGUUCUCUUCCCUCUCUGCCUGGGUUACCUCAUCCCCGAGCCUUACCCGUGAUUACAUAACCGCUCCGGGGCAUGACUGUCACCACGAGCUGGGUCACUCACAUGCAUCAGCUUGCUUAGUCCUCAAACAGGACGAGACAGUGAAAUCCUCUCUUACCAAGAGGAAGCUGAGGCUCAGCAAGGUGAAGUGCUUUGACCAAAGCCACACAGCUCUGAGGGGACGGAACCAGGACUGGAUCUUAGCUCUGCCCAGUGCAGACUGGUGCCCCUGGCAGGAGCCAGGACCCGGGGGCUGGAGGGCCCCUGAGUGUCACUAGUCAUGGGGAGGCCCCAGGAUGCACCAGGAGGCCGUCGUGUCACACGUGUGUUCGUGAGCUCAGGCUGCCGUAAAAAGCACCUCAGACCAGGGGUUCAAACAACAGAUCUUGUCUCACAGUCUGGAGGCUGGAAGUCCAAGAUCAAGGUGUCAGUAGGGUUGGUUUCUCUGAGGCCUCUGCGCUUGGCGGCCCUGGGUCCUCACAUGGUCUUCCUUCUGUGCCUGUGUCCGAAUCUCUUCUAAUAGGGACACCAGUCAUGUUGGAUUAGCACCCACCCUAAUGUCCUCAUUUUAACUUAGUCACCUCUGUAGAGACCUCAUCUUCAAGGACAGUCACAGACUGGGGGUUAGAACUUCAAUAUAUGAAUGUGGGAGAGGAGGGGCCUAGUUCAGCCUGUAACAUCAGCUGAGAGCUUUUACUGAGGGCCUCCUAGAUGCCCAGCACUGGGGGCGUUUGCACAGAUCCUCAUGACCAUUCUGAAAGGGAGCUCUUGCGGUGCCCAUUCUUCAGAUGAGGAGGCUGAGGCCCGGGGCAGGGAAGUGACUUGCUUAAGGUGAGUCGCGGAGGCAGGUGUCCUCAUCCCGGGCCCUUUCUGCAAGCUGCAGCCACACUCCCCCAGCGAGUAUGUUCCUAAGGCCCGCGCUGACCUUUGUGCUUCAGACAUGGACACUGAGUACCUGGAAGGGACAGGACUGGCCCAGGUCAAGCAGCCUGAACCGCACACCCCACGUCUGCCGUUCCAAGGGCACAGUACCCCUACUGCACACUCCAAUAAAGUUUUCUAUUUUGUUUA